CUCUUUCUUCCAAUGUAUAAAAGUCAUAGAACCCAUCUUUGUUGUCCUUCUGUACUCCUGUCUUAAACUGACCGUUUCUUUUUCUCUAAUAUUUUCCCCCUUUAUUUGAAUCCUCCUCUUCAAAUCUAACCAUACUUUUUUCCUACACUUCCUUCAGGCGUUGUUUAUACAUUAACUUUUAUAUUUGUAGAAAACUUUAAAAAAUGAAUCACUGUGCUAUUCAACAAAGUAAUUUUGCCGCUCGUGAAGAGAUGAUGCGUUCCUAUUCCUCGAUUUCCGAUAAGAAGGACGCCGUUGUUUGCCCAAAACCCCGACGUAUUAGCCCUAUGAGACCUCUCAGAUGGCAUGUCAGCCAUCAGCAAGACCUCUGUGAUUCAAGAGCUGGAGCUGAUUUAUUAGAUAUCAUCCUCACAAAGGGUGGUGGUAAUAGUGUGGAUCAAUCAGCUACACAAGUAGCCUCGUCGCCUCCAUUUUUUUGUGGGUCACCGCCGAGUAGAGUAUCUAACCCAUUGAUUCAAGACGCCCGAUUUGGGGACGAGAAGGUCACCCCAGUAUCACCACGGGCAAUACCAAUUCCCUCCGGAUUGGCUUCGUCCCCCUCAGCAUCCGCCAGGAAAGGCGGAUGCGUGAGCAGGGCGAAUUUUGGCCACCAUCCAGCCGUGAGAGUUGAAGGUUUCGAUUGCCUUGACAGGGAUCGUCGUAAUUGCAGCAUCCCUACAUUGGCUUAAGAGAAAACAGUACAUAAAGAGGAAAUCAACUUUUGGAACAUUUUCGUCGACUGAGAAGCCAAGGAAAGAUCCUUUUACCUAGUGUAAAUAAGUUCAAAGGGUCUUAUGUAAGUAAAAUUGUAAUAUAGUGUCUUUUGUACUUGCAAGUAAAUGAGAGUCGUUAUUAACAAAGUAAUUAGAGUCUAAUUGAGAGUAAUUUAAUGUUUUUUAUGGGUCCCUCUUGUUCGAAGAGAUUUUGUAAAAAUGAGAAGGAAAAAUUAGUUGUUGAUUGGAAUCAUGAGAUGUGGUCUAUUCACAUUGUAAAAUCAAUGUAUGAAUAUUUAUAUAAAAAAUCCGUUUACGGCUUUGAUA